AUGUCUCACAUUUACUUGAAUUCGUCAAUGCUAAAACAGUUGAACCAUACAGUACAGGAAUACGUUUCAGAUUGGAUGCAUUCCCAACAGUUCCAUUUUAACCAUACAAAGCUGGCUGCGAGCCCUGCAGCAAUGAAAACCAAUUCUACAACUUUUGUGGUGACGUUGGCAAUUGCAUUUGUCCUGUACCGAUGGAUAUUUCCUGCGACUCGGAAACAGAAACUUAGCGCAGUCAAAUUCGAACUAUCUUUGCCAGAAGCAGCUCAGAAACACUGGAAAGGAAAAAGGCUUCAAUCGUUCACGGGGACCAGCACGGAUCCUUCACAGCGCAUUCAAUGCUAUUGUCCUGCAACAGGUCAAGUUUUGGGUUCUUUUCCUUCUAUGAGUGAAUUGGAUAUCGACAACUUGGUUUCUAAGGCUGCCAAGGCUCAGUUGAAAUGGCGUAAAACCUCCAUAGAAGAGCGGAUUAAAGUUUUAGUUUCUCUUCAAGACCAUAUUUUAGAAAACCAGGACUCAAUCGCUCGUGUAGCUUGCAGAGACUCAGGGAAAACCAUGUUAGAUGCCUCCAUGGGCGAAAUACUGGUCACUUUAGAAAAGCUGCAGUGGAUUAUUAAACACGGUAAAAAAGCUCUGCAGCCCUCGAAGCGUCCUGGACCUACCAACUUUUUCAUGAAGUGGUACAAAGGCGCGGAAGUAAGAUACGAACCUUUGGGAGUUGUUGGAGCCUUGGUGUCAUGGAACUAUCCAUUUCACAACCUCUUGGGACCAAUCAUCGCUGCUAUCUUUACUGGUAAUGCGAUUGUCAUAAAGUGUUCCGAACAAGUGGUGUGGUCCUCUGAGGUUUUCAUCGGCAUGGUCAAGAAUUGCCUAGAAGCGUGCGGGUUUGACCCAGAUCUGGUACAGUUGUGUUACUGUUCUCCACCCAAUGCUAAUGAUAAUACCGCUAAUUAUUACUCGUCUCAUCCUGGUCUUAAACACUUGACAUUUAUUGGCAGCAAACCAGUAGCUCACCAUGUAUUGGCGGCUGCGUCAAAAAGUCUAACCCCUGUCUGUGUUGAAUUAGGAGGCAAAGACGCUCUUAUUUGUCUGGACUCCGUAAAAGACUUAAAAGCUUUAUCUUCCAUCAUUAUGCGUGGUACGUUUCAAUCUUCUGGCCAGAACUGUAUUGGUAUUGAGCGGGUUAUAGUGUCUGCUAAGCACUACAAAGAAAUGGUUGGUAUUCUUGAGAAAAGAAUUGGAACGUUAAGACUUGGCUCGGAUAUUGACAACCUAGAGGAUGUGGACAUGGGCGCCAUGAUAUCUGAUAAUAGAUUUGAGCAACUGGAAUCGAUGAUACAAAAUGCAGUCGGCCAGGGUGCUCGUCUUCUACACGGGGGAUCGCGCUACAAACAUCCCAAUUACCCUCAAGGCCACUACUUCCAACCCACCCUUUUGGUUGAUGUCUCGCCAGAUAUGGAUAUUGCUCAAAACGAAGUUUUUGGACCCGUAUUGACCGUGAUGCGCGCGGAGGACACGUUGGAUUGUAUCCGUCUAGCAAACUCAGCACCUUUCGGACUCGGUGGAUCUGUCUUUGGUAACGAUUAUGCGGAGUGUAACUAUGUUGCCAAUCAUUUACAGACUGGUAACGUAGCCAUCAACGAUUUUGCCACGUUUUACGUAUGCCAAUUGCCCUUCGGUGGCAUAGGUGGCUCUGGUUAUGGGAAAUUUGGCGGUGAAGAAGGAUUGACUGGUCUCUGCAAUGCCAAAAGUGUUUGCUAUGAUAAGCUGCCCUUCGUCUCUACUCAAAUACCUAAGCCUUUGGAUUAUCCAAUUAAGAGCAACCGCUCGGCUUGGAAGUUUGUGAAGAGCUUCAACACCGGCUCUUACACAAGAUCAACGUGGGUGAGGAUAAAGUCCUUGCUAUCACUGGCAAAAAAUGCCAAUUAG